CUGCGAUCUGCAGUAACAACUUUGUGGAGCUCGUGGACGCUCGAAUCCAACAUAGCGACAUAUCGUUUGAUCCAUUCUCUCCCUUCUGUCGCGAAUGUCAACGCAGCAGCCGGGUUCCUUUCGCGCGCAAAGCUUCCAAGCGACAGGGAAAGCGACGCUUCGCAGCUUCGGCGGCAGUGGAAGCAGGCAAUACAGCGCUGUCUCAGCCUCAAGCUCGACGAGAUGGUGCACAUUCUCCGAGCUGGCGUUCACCUUUCCACUCAAGCUGAUCAGUCCGAGGCAGUCCUCUGAAGAUGCCGUCAAGCGCAUUUGGGAAUAUCGUCAGCGCCAGGCCAAGGGUAAACGCAGAGAACCCGAUGAUGCGCUCAUCAAGCCUGUCGGGGUGCUCUAUAUAGUUGGGUAUGGUGGAGGACUGGUCAGUGGCGAUGUUGUCAAGCUGGACAUCGAUGUCGGAAGUGGAUCAACGCUGCUCGCCUUAACGCAAGGCAGCACUAAGGUGUUCAAGGUUAGGCGGAGGCUCCCGGCGUCAGCAUCAUCAAUGCACCACCAUUCCGUCCGUAUCCCGGGUGAGAAAACCACAGAUGAAUAUAGCGCAUCAACAGCGACCCCUCCAAGUCCAACAAAUUUGGCCCCACCGCGAACAGAGCCUGGCCCGGAUACUCGGCAAUAUUUUCGCGUAAUCGUCCGCGAAAAUGCGACGCUUGCCCUCAUACCUGACCCCGUAACAUGCUACGAACACGCGCGAUACGAACAAGUGCAACGGAUCGACUGCCGCUGCCCCAAGACGAGCUCUCUCGCCUUGCUGGAUUGGUACACGUCUGGGCGAACGCUGCUCGCUCAACCUCAGCACAAUUCUGAAGUGAACGACUUGCAGAAGGUCAACGUCUCAGAACUCUGGGGUUUUGAGCGCUAUAAAUCGCGUAACGAGAUACGCGUAGCUGAUCAUGUGAUCGUACGCGACAGCCUCUUGCUCUCAAGCGACGCGGAUGUACCUCCUACCUCAGGCGAGCGUGCAAAAGGCACUGAGAGGCGCGACAGAGACAGUAUCUCGACCCUUGCGCGUCGCAACGCCCCGUAUGGUUGCUACGCCACGCUCUUCCUGCUCGGACCCGACUUUCAAGCCAUUAUCGAAGAGCUCGUCAUCGCGUAUCAUCAAGUGCAGCAGCGCGUUCUGAGAGAAGCGCCUGCGUUGCUGUGGAGCUUCAGCAUCUUGCGCGAGGACCGCGCUGGCGGCGGCACUGGGGCGGAUGCUGGCGCUAACGAAGAGGACAAUGAGUGUGUACUUAAAACGGCAGUGCUGCGCGUCGCGGCAGCCGAUGCGGAGGCUGUGCGCACUUGGUUGCGAGGCGCGCUUGGGCAGCUGCAAGCUGUCAUCGGGGAUGAUUUGUACAAGCAGGCUUUCGGGACAUGAAACGCGGUGACAGAAGGCUAACAUGGACCAGAUGUUGGGGUGCAAGCAUCGAUGGUAUUCGUGCACAUUUUGGUGACAGCCACUAUCCGAACACGGCAUAUGCGAUGCUGCAGUGUGCCAAGCGCUGUAGGGCAACGGCAUGGGCUCACGACUUUUGUACGAGCUCUGGGUGGCUCUCUUUCCACCACUGAGACAAUAUAAAGAGGGAAGGAACAACUUCGUUCAGCUUGCGAUCGACAUGGAACAUGAAGUAGAUACACUGCAUACUCACCUGCACGGAUCUCCUGAUGCCCUCCUCAAGUCCGACGAUCGGUUCGUACCCCAGGAGCCUCCUCGCCUUCUCAAUGUUGUAGUAACGCGCGCACGCCGUGUACGUG